AUGAUUCUCCGCUUGCCGUCGAGCCUGCAUUACCCGAUCACCGUCACGUCGCUGCUGAAGCAGCCGGGUGAAACGGUUGAGAGGGAUGAGGCUCUUUUCUGGUAUUUUUAUGAGACCACCGUUACUGAAGGUGAUGGACUAGGCAACAAAGUCGAUGUGUUGCGCAAGUUCCCGGCUCGGUUUGAGUCAACAGCUGAUGGAGAGAUCGUUCAAUGGAAGAUCAAGAAAGGCGAUGUCAUUGAUGAACCCGUUAAUGUUGUCGAAAUCGAUGAGCCUUGCGCCCAUGAAGUCCAGUUCGGAGGAUUAUGUGCGGAAUGUGGGAAGGACAUGACCGAAUCUACCUAUAAUACCGAGAUCACAGACUCCAUGCGCGCCCCAAUCUCCAUGGCCCACGACAACACCACUCUUACUGUCAGUCAACGGGAAGCCACUCGAGUUGAAGAAGACGCAAAACGCCGGCUCCUUGCAUCGAGACGCUUGACUUUAGUUGUGGAUCUCGAUCAAACCAUUAUUCACGCUACUGUUGAUCCGACAGUGGGAGAAUGGAGAGAAGACAAGGACAAUCCAAACCAUGAAGCUGUGAGGGAUGUACGAACUUUCCAGUUGAUCGAUGAUGGACCUGGAAUGCGCGGAUGUUGGUACUACAUCAAGCUGCGACCAGGGCUGGAGGAGUUCCUCAAGAAUGUGGCAGAGAUAUAUGAGUUGCACAUCUACACAAUGGGUACUCGUGCCUAUGCCCAACACAUCGUUGAUAUCAUCGAUCCCACUCGCAAUCUUUUUGGAGACCGAAUUCUCAGUCGCGAUGAAAGCGGAAGCUUGACAGUCAAAGAUCUGCAGCGACUGUUUCCCGUUGACACCAAGAUGGUGGUCAUCAUUGAUGACCGUGGUGACAUCUGGCGCUGGAGCCCAAAUCUGAUCAAGGUUUCUCCCUAUGAUUUCUUUGUCGGCAUUGGUGAUAUCAACUCCAGCUUCUUGCCAAAGAAGGAAGAAAUUGGAGCAAACAAACCUCAGAUUGAACAAAAAGCACCAGAGAAGCCUAAAGAGCACCAUGUCAACGGCCAAACCCAGACUGAAGAAGGGACAGAGGUGUCAGCAUUAGAACAAAUGGUGACUAUGGGAGGUGGAGAUAGCCCAAGACUACUACAAGAGCAAGCCGACGCACAAGAAGAGACUAUCUUACAUCAGGUGGAAGAUCGUCCGUUGCUUCAAAAGCAGAAAGAAUUGGAUGCGGAAGAUAACCCUGAAAGUAAUGAGUCACCUAGUGUUGAGGAAUCUCAAGAGUCCGCAAAACAGCGCCACCACCUACUUGAGGACCAUGACCAAGAACUUUACCAACUGCAGGACCGCCUCGAGAAGGUUCACUUGCAAUUCUACGACGAAUAUGACAAGAAGCGAAGUUCCGCACUAGGUGGCCGUGUGGCAGCAUUGCGAGGGGAGAAGGUUCAUUCAAAAGACCGAGAUGUUGAUCUUAAGCUGGUUCCCGACGUCAAGGAUAUCAUGCCCCGAAUCAAACAGCAGAUUCUUGGAAAUGUGGUCCUGGUGUUUUCGGGAGUUCUGCCUCUAGGAAUAGAUUUCCAAAAUGCCGACAUCUCUCUUUGGGCCAAGAGCUUUGGUGUGACUAUCUCGUCAAGAAUCAAUGCACGCACGACGCAUCUUGUGGCUGGGCGCAACCGUACAGCCAAGGUGAGGGAAGCCACGCGCUACCCCAGCAUUAAGAUCGUUACCACACAAUGGCUUGUCGACUCACUGGUUAUGUGGAGAUCAAUGGACGAAGAGCCAUACCUUCUUCCAGUUCAUCCAGAGGACCGAUGUGAACCAAUCUCCCCAAGCGAGCUUGAGCUCGAGACUUCCAUGCUCUCAUCCACAGAUGAAGACAUCACAGGAUCACAGUGGACACAGGAAGACGACGCAGAGGAUCUAUUCAAAUCGUCUGGCUUAGACGAGACCUCACCGAUCGGCUACGGAGUUGACGAGCAAGCCGAAGUUCACGACGAACUCAAAGACUUCCUUGGCAGUGAUGACGAAAGCGAAAGCGACAACGAGUCAGUUCUAGACGAACCAUCAUCAGGCACAAAGCGGAAGCGGGACGAAGGAUCCGAAGGCGCGACCGACGACGACGAGUCCGGCGAUGACGACGGAGACGAUCCCGAAAAAGGUUCCCGGCUAUCCCAGCGUAUCAAGCGAUCCUACGAGCGCAACACCAAGCUGCGAGAGAUCACAUCUGCACCUGCCCGCAUCGACAAUGCACCACUUCCCCCCUCGCAGCCUGCAGGCCCAGACGAAGAAUCCGGGUCUGAAACAGUGGGGGGUAGUAGUCAAAAGGCUAGCCACGCCGAAGACCCUGAUGACGAGGACGAGCUGGAACGGGAGAUGCUGGCGGCGUUUGAGGGUGGGGAAUAUGAUUCUCAAGUGGAGGAUGAUGCUACCGCUGAGAGCGGAUAG